AAUAUUGAGUAGACCACACCUAUAUUUUUCAAACCAUAGAAGUACCCACAAAAGUUACAAAAUAUGAACAUAACCAUGAUAAAUAUACUAUCGUUUCAAGAGUAUUUUGAGUCACGAAUUGGAAAACACUAUUUAGGCAACACGAAAAAACUUACACGUGACGUAGAACAAAGAAUAACUGGAUGGCCAUAUCUCAGGCCAAAAAAUCAUCUGCUUCUAUAACAUUUGGUGGAUUUUGGGUUAAUGCAGAGUCUCUUGUAAAUAAAAAAAAAACGUAGAACAAAUAAUCACACAACAACCAAAUCUUUUUUAACAAUAUUUAGAUCCCCACAGGCAACAACCAAAUCUCCCUUCCUAUAUUUAGCUCCCCACAACCAAACACCGCGAUUUCGCCGUCGCCGGAAGCGUAUCAACAUCAUCACAAGCUCCACCGCUUAAACAUGGCAGAGAAACCGCAGCAGAUCCACCUCGUCUUCAUACCAUCCCCAGGCGCCGGCCACCUCUCCGCCAUGGUCGAGCUCGCCAACCUCCUCGCCGACCGCCACGCCGCCCUCUCCAUCUCCGUCCUAAUCAUCACCACCACCUCCACCGCCGCCGUCCCCCACCCCGCCGCCCCUCGCAUCACGCUUAUCCACCUCACCGACGAGAACCCACCCCCCGCCGCCGCCGCCGGCAGCGUUUUCGCCAAGAUCGAAGCACGAAAGCCCCAAAUCAGAGAAGCCGUCUCCGCCGCAAUCGGCCGCUCCCCCGAAGGCGCCCGACUCGCCGGGCUCGUCCUAGACAUGUUCUGCACCUCGAUGGCCGAAUUGGCCGACGAGUUCGGCGUCCCCUACUACAUUUUCUUCACCUCCGCCGCCUCCGAUCUCGGCUUCAUCAGCCACAUCCAGCAAUUGCACGACGAGGAGGGUUUCGAAAUCGCUGAGUUCGAGGGGACCGAGCUGGCGGUCCCGAGUUGGGCCCGCCCGAUUCCGCGCUGGGCUUUCCCGUCCAACAUCGUCAACAAGGAAUGGCUCCAACUGCUGUACCGAAUCGCCCGAGUUUUCCGGCGAGCCAGGGGCAUUUUGGUCAAUACGGUGAGGGAGCUGGAAUCCUGCGCGGUGGAUUCUCUGGCCUUCCCUAAAGUGUAUCCGGUGGGACCCAUUCUGAACUUGAAGGCCGACGCCGGCGGCGGAGGAACGAAGAAGAAGGAGGAGGCGAUUGAGUGGCUGGACCGGCAACCGGAGUCGUCGGUGGUGUUCCUCUGCUUCGGGAGCAUGGGGGCGUUCCGCGAGGAACAAGUGUUAGAGAUCGCCAAUGGGCUGGAGGCCAGUGGGCUGAGGUUUCUGUGGGUCCUGCGCAGGCCUGGGCCGGAGGGGACGCGGGCCGGCCCAACGGACUACGAGGACGUCAGGGAAGUUCUGCCGAAGGGGUUUGUGGAUCGGACCGCAGAGGUUGGGAGGGUGACGGGAUGGGCCCCACAGACGAUCAUUUUGGCUCAUAAGGCUGUGGGAGGGUUCGUGUCGCACUGCGGGUGGAACUCGACGCUGGAGAGCCUGUGGUUCGGGGUGCCGAUGGCGACGUGGCCGAUGUACGCAGAGCAGAAGCUGAACGCGUACCUAUUGGUGUACGAGCUGGAGAUAGCCACUGAGAUUAAGAUAGAUUAUCGUAACGGAGAAAUCGUGGCGGCGGAAGAAAUCGAGAGAGGUGUCAGGAGGUUGAUGGAGAGAGAUUGCUCGAGGGAGGAGAGGCUGAAGAAGUUUAGCGAGGAUAUCAAGAAGGCGCUGAUGGAUGAUGGCUCUUCGUCGGCUUCCAUUGCUGAAUUUAUUGCGGAUGCAAGAGCAGUGGUGGCAUGUGAUUUUUCCUAAUAGUUGUCCUUUUGAAAGAUAUAGCUUCAAAAAAGUCCAAUUAGAGAGACGAAUUUAGUAUGUCGAUUGUUGAUCUUCGUUGCCUCUAGUGAUCGUAUAGAGGUUUUACUUUCUUCAAUUAGUAUAGAAUUGUUAAACACAUAAUUAAAAAGACGAGACCAUCAAUCAUCAAAUCACAUUUUCUUGUAUCAAUCCCAUCUCAUUUUCUAAGGUACUUGCAUGAUGGAGAAGAAUGAUAUAUCAGUACUCGAACCUUGGAUCAGUUGGUCACUGAUCAUGAGCUUGGUUGUCUUGACGCAGAAGCAACCUCGAACACUUCGUUUUUUUAUUUUUUUGAUGAAUCAAAACUUGGUUUUCUCAGAGUGAAAUCAAACGUCUGCAAACACAAUGAAGAGAAGUUCGAAUU